GUCCCCUGAAACGGGCGGUUGGCGGAACGCGCAUGCACCGUCGGUGAAUGUCCCCUUUGACAGGCGGUUGUCAGAACGCGCAUGUGCGCGCUGCUGCGUUUGACUGUCGAGGCGAAGUUGGUGAUUUAACGGAAAUUGGGCUCGGGACACAUCUGGGAGGAGGAUAGGCCCGGGGCUGAAACACCGGCGAGUUUUGCAAAAAGGCUCAAUGUUACUGAGUUAGAGUCCAACAGUUCUGUGGAAGGAGAAUUCUAGAGUUUUCAUAAUAUCCCCGAAUAUUAAACAACGGAGAGAGGAUUGUGAAAUGUUGGAGAGACUCAUCCUCGCUCUCAUGGCGAUCGGGGUGACCCGGGUAACCGGUGACUGUAGCAAACCUCCACUGUUGGAAAAUGGAUUCCCAACAAACAAAUUUACUCCUGAGACCUUGUUUGAUGUGGGUACAGAGAUCACUUAUAAGUGUAAUUUGGGUUAUGUGUUUAAGAAAGAAAUGUUAAAUGGUUCAAGAUCUGUUACUUGCAAGGAAGAUUCAACAUGGACAGCACUGGAGGUCAUUUGUGAAUCAAAGAUAUGUGGUAACCCAGGCAAGAUAGCAAAUGGAUAUUACGAGGCACCAAAUGCUACUUUUGGAAGUAAAGUUAUUUUUCACUGUGACACAGGAUAUAAGAUGGUGGGUCGAAGUUUUCGAGUUUGUAAAGCUGAUGGUUGGGAUGGCCAAAUCCCAGCAUGUGAAGCCAUCACAUGCGAUGACCUUCCACCUAUCAGUAAUGGGAAAACUCCAUCACUACCUCAUGGAGAUCACUGGCAAUAUGGAAUGGUUGCAGCAUAUUCUUGUAACAAUGGCAAUUCGUUGAUUGGUGCAGAGAAACUUACUUGUACAGAGUCUGGAAAGUGGGACAAUGACCCACCUACUUGCAAAGUUGUUGAAUGUCAACGUCCUGAACUGCCUGCCAAUGGCAAAAUAAAAGAAGGAUUUGGACCCAAAUAUAGAUAUCGAGAGACCAUCAGUUAUAUCUGUAAUGAAGGCUUUGAGAUGGUUGGCGACCAUGUGAUUGAAUGUAAAGAGAACAAUACAUUUAUACCAGCACCACCUAUCUGCAAACCAAGGAACUGUGGUAAUCCAGGAAAUAUAUUGAAUGGAUAUUAUGAGCUUCGCAAUGCAUCUUUCGAAACGAAAGCUACUUUUUAUUGUAACGAAGGAUACCGGAUGGUGGGUAGGAACCUCCGGCUGUGUAAAGCUGAUGGUUGGGAUGGCCAAGUCCCAACAUGUGAAGUUAUCUCAUGUGACCUUCCACUUCUUAAUAAUGGGACAGUUUCAUCACCAUCUUCUGGAGACCAGUGGGAACCAGGAAUGGUAGCAAACUAUUCUUGUGAUAAUGGUUAUUCAUUGAUUGGUGCAGAAAGACUGACUUGUAUGGCAUCUGGAAAGUGGGACAAGAAUCCACCAACAUGCAGAGAAUCAAAAAUGCCCCUGACUCGUAAAAUUGGAGAGACCAAGGAGAAACCCCCUGCAACCAUCGUAGAAGAUGAAGGAGGACUUGGUACGACAGGUAUUGUUGUCAGUUGUAUUAUUGGUAUUUGUGUCGGAAUUGGUGGUGCUGCUGGAUUAUCCUUUUAUAAUAAGAAACGACAGCGUACCAUGUGUAAGAAGGUUCACAUCAAUCCUCAACCCAGUGAAAACCAAGUGGAAGCCAAUGUUAAUGAGUACCAUGAUCACCCAGCAUGAUCUUUAAUGAAGUCAAACUUAUGAUUAUAGAAGAUCAAAACUCUAAAUAGUAUGUAAAUUUUGAUGUAAACUUCUAACAAAGUCCUACUUCAGUUCAUCACAUUUCCGAGCAAAUGAACUGAUGAAUCUACCUUCUCGGAUAUUACAAAGCAACAUUGAUGCAGCUGUUGAUAUUUUCAACACACAAUAUUGAAAAUGCUCAGCAGUUCUAGCAACAUCUGCGAAAAGGUAACUGUUAACGUUUGUCAUCGAUCUGAAAUGUGAAUACUGCUGCUCACAUCACAGAUGCUGCCAGACCUGCCGAGUAUUUCCAAGAUUUUCUUGUUUUCUUUCAGAUUUUCUAGCAUCUGCAAUAUUUUGUUUUAAUUUAACUUAUUUGGCUUAUCAAGGAGUAAAGUUUUCAUGCCAGAUGUUCUAUCCUUUAGGCAAUUGCACUUUAAUGAAAACUUUAGGCUAGUUUUCAUUUUUGAUACCUGUGCAGCUGCUGUUGCUCUAUAAAACUGUCCACUGGAAAUUGUGAUUUAGAUUUGAACACUGUUUGUUUAACAAAUUAUUAUUCUAUUGUUUAUUUGAAUGUUUUGUAAAUAUAUUUGUACUGCCCCUGAUUGCAGUUGCAUUUUCAGGGAUGUAGUAGGUCCACGAAUAAGUUAUUGUCACUUUUAUUCUGACGUCUAUGUGAAUUACUGAUUGAUGUCCUGCUUCUGGAAACUUACUGUUAAUUGCCUUAAAUGACAAAGUGCUAUAGAGUAUUUGACAAGACCAGCCUGAUUGUGGUUUUCCUUCACCUUGCACUAUAUAUUGUAUCUGUGAAACUUCAUGAAACAAUUAAACCUUAACUAAUACAAA